AUGGAUCUCAAACCCAUGAUGCAGAAUGUAAACAAUGUGACAGAAUUUAUCUUCUUUGGCCUCACCCAAAAUGCAGAGCUGGAGAAAAUAUGUUUUGUGGUGUUUCUAUUCUUCUAUUUAAUCAUCGUUCUAGGAAACCUUCUCAUAGUUGUCACUAUAAUCUUCAGCUCCCGCUUAAAUUCUCCCAUGUAUUUUUUCCUUAGCUACUUAUCUUUUGUAGACAUCUGCUACUCCUCUGUUACAGCCCCCAAAAUGAUUGCAGACUUUCUUACUGAAAAGAAAACCAUUUCCUUCAUUGGCUGCAUAACACAGCUUUUUGGGGUCCAUUUCUUUGGUUGCACAGAAAUCUUCAUUCUAACAGUGAUGGCAUAUGACCGGUACAUUGCAAUUUGUAAACCACUCCACUAUACCACCAUUAUGACCAAGCAGGUUUGUGGGCAGAUGAUGGCAGCUUCAUGGGUUGGAGGGUUAAUGCAUUCAUUGGUACAGACUCUUAUUACCACACAGCUUCCUUUUUGUGGACCCAAUGAAAUUGACCAUUAUUUCUGUGAUGUCCAUCCUUUACUGAAAUUGGCUUGCACAGAUACCUAUGUUGUUGGCAUCAUUGUGGUUGCCAAUAGUGGGAUGAUUGCUUUGGGCUGCUUCAUCAUCUUGGUUGUGUCAUACAUUGUCAUCUUGGUGUCCUUGAGAUCUCGCUCUUCAGAAGGCCGUCGCAAGGCUCUUUCUACCUGUGCUUCCCACAUCACGGUAGUCAUUUUAUUUUUUGGGCCAUGCACCUAUACCUACAUACGCCCUUCCAGCAACUUCUCAGAAGACAAAACAGUGGCUGUAUUUUACACUGUUAUCACCCCGAUGCUCAACCCAUUAAUCUACACACUACGAAAUGAAGAGGUGAAGAAUGCCAUGAGAAAAUUAUGGAGGAGGAAAGUGACUUCAAGUGAGAAAACAAAAAUGUGA